UUAAUGUAGUUAACGUUAUAUAUUAGGGUCUCUCUAGCUUAGCUACCGUGCGUGUGGAGAUGGUGUGGAGAGCUCACUGACAGCUGGUGGACGGAAGCACUCAGUCGGCUACUGACGAGGAAUCCAAUAUCGGACAAGGCUUCCCUCUCGAAUAUCGAUAAUUAAACACGUGUCACAGCAGCAAGUCGAACUGUUAUCCACACGUUGACGGUGGCAAGUUAAACUUGAUGCUGAAAUAGUUUAACGUUAGUGCACGUUACGUUUUAGGGGGAGUUAACGAUAGCUACCGCUACCUAAAGCCAGCUGACAGCAAAUCAGCCUGAAGACCGUGUAUAACGUUACAUCGCGAAGUUCCGACGCUAUCUCCCACCUAACGUGUCUAUGCUGUCAGUGAAACGAUGGGGUAAUAUUGUUAAAUGAGUGAACAUGAGAGAAUCGGUAGUAAGCGUUGGUUAGCUGCCGCUGCUGAGAAAGAACGUCCGUGUCCGUGGGUUCAACGUGAGGCGUUGGAUUUAACGUCUCCACUAACGUUACCCCUUUCACGAACUGUGGUUCCGAGCCUGCAGUCAGAGCUGGACAUCCAGAAGCAGAAGUGAAGGAACUGCCCAUCAAUGGCCAACCCAACCCCUCUGCUGGAUGUGCUGUGAGAGAGAGAAGUGAGAGGACCAGAAAAUCUGUCAUGGAGGACACUCAGCCCAAACCUGCUACCCCGGAGCCCAUCCUUGUACCCAAUCCGGCACCCAGUCCAGUUCCCAGUCCAGUACCCAGCCCACUGCGGGACAUAAUUGCUGUGCCUGCAGCAAACAAUGUGGAGCACCUGACUGUGAACCAGAUCCAGGUGGUGGUACGGCGCUGCUCCAGUCCAAAUGUCACAGAGGAGACCACCUAUUUUAUUCCUCGGAACCCAGUGGUGGAUGCUGGCACUAACACAGACCCGCCGCUGGUCUGCUGCCCCUUGCUCCACCGAUUUUGCCCAUGUCCACCAAGAGGCCUGCUGGCCUCUCUUAUUACCAAAGUCUUUCUGGCAGCUGUGCUCUUUGGCGCGGUGUGGUCCAUCACCGAGAAUGAGUGUCUUCCAGGGGGAAACCUGUUCGGCAUCACAAUCCUCUUCAUCUGUGCAAUCAUCGGUGGCAAAGUGGUGGCUCUCAUCCGUUUGCCCAAACUUCCACCGUUCCCACCUCUCCUUGGUAUGCUCCUGAUGGGUUUCAUGCUGAGAAACAUCCCAGUCAUAACACAGGCGGUGUACAUUGACUUCAGAUGGUCUGCGUCACUGAGGAACAUCGCUCUGGCUGUCAUUCUGGCCAGAGCUGGUCUGGGGUUGGAUCCCACAGCUCUGAGGAAACUGAAAUCCGUGUGUUUACGCGUGGCUGCUGGGCCCUGCAUUAUAGAGGCUUGCACCACAGCCCUGAUCUCUCACUUCCUCAUGGACUUGCCCUGGGUGUGGGGCUUCAUACUCGGCUUUGUGUUGGGUGCUGUGUCCCCAGCAGUGGUGGUGCCCUCCAUGCUGCUGCUGCAGAAGGACGGCUACGGAGUGGAGCAGGGCAUCCCCACCCUGCUGAUGGCUGCGGGCAGCUUUGACGACGUUCUUGCCAUCACAGGGUUCACCACAUGCUUGGGCAUGGCCUUCGCCACAGGCUCCACUUGGUUCAACCUCCUGAGAGGUGUACUGGAGGUGGGCGGUGGGACCAUUGUUGGGAUUGUUCUUGGCUUCCUCAUCCAGUACUUUCCUAGUGUUGACCAGAAACACUUGGUCAUAAAGCGAUCCUUCUUGGUGCUGGGUCUGUCCGUCUUCGCCGUGUUCGGCAGCAGUGUGGCCGGCUUUCCCGGCUCCGGAGGCCUCUGCACCCUGGUGUUGGCCUUCCUGGCUGGACUCGGCUGGGGGUCAGAAAAGGCCCGUGUGGAGGAAGUGGUGGGGUGGGCGUGGGACGUGUUUCAGCCGCUACUCUUCGGACUUAUAGGAGCAGAAAUUCGAGUCUCUGAGUUGGAGGGACUCACAGUUGGUCUGGGUAUAGCCACGCUGCUCAUUGCCCUGCUGGUUCGAUUACUGUUCACCUUUGUGUGUGUGUUGUGUGCGGGCUUUAACAUGCGGGAGAAAGUGUUCAUAGCCCUAGCGUGGAUGCCCAAAGCCACAGUGCAGGCAGCGAUAGGCUCCACAGCUUUAGACAUGGCCAGGGCGAAGGGGGACAAGGAGCUGCAGAAGUACAGCAUGAAAGUGCUGACUGUGGCUGUGCUGGCCAUCCUCCUCACAGCGCCUGUAGGAGCUCUCAUCAUAGGGCUCGCUGGACCUCGCCUCUUACAGAAACCAAAGAACUCUGCCUGUGGUGAGCGAGUCAAACAAAAUUUAUCAGCCGUUUUCUUAGGUACUCCAACAGGAGACGACGAGGACAAUGAAACUCCCGUCACCUAUGAGAGCACACUCUGACAUCACCUGUCUUCGUCUAGUAAGCGAGGACAUUCAAAGAGACUUCCGAGGUGUUUACACACUUGGGAUAUCUGCGCUUUCCUUCAGCCACCGAGUGGCCCCUUCAGUCUCUCUAUCUGCCGGUCAGCUCCUGAUGUUUGGCGUGCUGCAGGAACACAUGAAUCACUCUAUAUUUAUAGCCUGUGGUGCUUUCCAGGCCUCGGGCUCCAAACAAAUGACCCACACGGUCACGCUGUAUGACAGUAUGCAAGAGGCGCUUUUGGUCCCAAAUUUACUUUGAAUCAGCUAUAUUAGUGUGAGGUAUGAAUGUUUUACAUUUUUGUAAAGGUGGAUAUUUUCUCCUGCCCAUUAUAUUCAGUGAAUCCACCUUUUUGCCCAUUUUUAUGACGUCUCCGUUAACUCUUUACUGUAUUUGGACUUGAACAGGUAGUAAUGAUGUUUUUGUACUAGACGCUGUUUCCUUUGAAAGGCUGCACCUUUGAAUGCACCGACGGUAGCAAUAUUUUAUUGUUUUAAAUUAGACCACAAAGUUGACACAAGUCUUUAGUUGUUCAGUACUCGGUAAGAUGUUUGUACAGAUUUGUGUAUUUGUUUUAAUUAAAUGUGUAUUAGCUGCGUCUUGGUGAUGAAGGGUUUAUGUAGUUAACAAAUACUCAGGAGAAAAAUAAUUCACACCACUUUCCUUUGGUUUACACAGUGCUGCUAAAUCUACCGAAAUCUGCUACAAUCACCAUGUCGACUGAUUAUAUUCAAAACAUUCAUGUACACCAACUGUUGAUUGUAAGGGGAAGUUGAUUUUUCACAUUCGCUACAUUUGACUUUUUUUUUUUUACAGAAGUAUGCAGUGUAACUUUGUUUGAAUUUAUUUACAUUGCCUCAUUGUGUAUUAGUAUUGACUAUGAUAAAACAGAAUUGAGCAUUAGUUUUUUACCAAAUAUUCUUUAAACAAUAAAUGAUGAAAUAUACCAAGAUCUGUUCUUUUGCAUUUUGAAUACAAUUUAAGUUGUGUAGUGACAAAAUAGGUUAAAUUCUUACUAUGCAAAAUAUUUGUACAGUUCAACUUAAUGUGUGCUUUAUUAUGUCCUUAAUUUAAGUCACUGUCCCUUAAGUUUGGGCUUCCAAUCUGUUUGCUUUCUACCCGCGCUAGCAGCCUGGGUCUAGGGAUGUCUGUUGGUCCAGACUGAAAUCUCUAAACCACAAUGGAGUAGAUUGUCAUGAAAUGUGGCACAGAUAUCCACACUGUCCAGAGGAACAAUCCCACUGACUUAGGUUGUCUCCAUCACCACCAUGAACUUCA